AGGAGGGAGGAGGGAGGAGGAGGAGGAGGAGGAGGGAGGAAGAGUGGAGCAGUUGCGAUGUCUGAGAGCUGAUCGAAGCGACGAGGACCUGCUAGUCCACUUCAUAGCAUCUCGUCUGAACCAGAACCGUCCUCCUCCUCUUCUUCAUCCCCUUCAACACUUCACACGCACACGCUCACACGCGCGGACGCGCUUGCGGACCUGGAGGAAGCAGCGAAUAAAUGUGGACCGCAGUGUCUCCUUUGCAGCAUCUCCUCGUCUCCGGGAGACAGAGGCUGCUGCUGCAGAGAUAACAUCACGUUACCUGGUAUGAAGAGUAGGGAGCUGCUGCAGGUGUCCCUCGGGCAUGUUUGUCCUGUGUGUCUCUGUUCCGCACACGGACACUCUGGGAGGGAGGAGAAAGACCGCCUGAAAAUAAACUGACGCGCACCAAAAAAACACAAGAGGAAAAGAAAUAAGUAAAAGCUCUUGUUUUUGUUUGUCUCUCGUUGGGACCAGGGAGGAGGUGUCAUGUCCCAGUCUGGGAAAGUCCUUCAUUUGUAUGUGGAAGUGAGGUCUGCCGCGGAUCAGAGCGGCGGGAAGGAGGGGGUCGCUCAGGGGCGUUCGGUCCAGGACGCCCCGGCGGAGCUCCUGUCUCAGCUUGCCAGCCAGAGCGCCGUCGCCAAGUCGUCCGCGGCUCACCGGCUGGCUCAGGAGCGCAAACGCUCUCCUUCUAGAGGCGGCUUCCGGCCGCAGCCGGCCGGGGGCAGCGGCUCCCCCGCGGCCCCCCAGCGCGGCGGCGAUUGGCCGUCCGGUGUCCGCUCGCCAGCCAGGAUGUCCUCCUCCGGGAAGGUCAGCGCCCCCCGCACGCCGCUGAACUGCAGCAGGGGGAAGGUCUGCGACGGCACGCGGUCCGUUGUCACCUUCGGCUACAUCGAGAAGUCCAACGUGAGAGCACUGGACAGUCCGCGCAGCUCUCUGUGCGAGCGGGGGACCAGAGAGGAAAGAUCCACGCCGUCCCACUACUGUAACAGGUUCAGCGACCCGGUUUGGUUUGGCAGCCUCGAUUCACCGUGCAGCUCCAGUCCCAAGAUGUCCUUCGGAUCUCCCGGGGUUCGCCGACCGGCCUUGGACCCCAUCGGCAGGGCAGCUACCCAGAGGGCCGUGGAGGAGUUUGGCUCUCCUCUGCUGCGGAUCAAACUAGCCCACGCCCUCGAGCAAUCGGCGUCCUCACGCUGCCACCAGCAGGCGCACUGUCGGUCCUGGUCCGGGUCGCCCGUUCAGCGUCAGAGCACCAGCACUAACCUCGUAGACCACCUCCCGGCCUGGAGCCAGGCCGCUUGCCCGGCGUCAGACCAUCCGUCCUCCCAGUCCUGCAUCGACUCCCGAAGCCCCCUGGCAGGAAGUCCAGCCGCCAAACGGAACGUUCACAGGUCCAGCACUUCACCACAAGCAGCACUCCCCCAACUUGGCAAUAAUGUAGUGGAGGGUUUGAACCAGUUGAGUGACAGUAAAUCCUCCUCCGCGCCUCACAGCCCCGAUAGGCAAGCGGAAGAGGCCACCAAAGUGUCCUCCAAUCUCACUGAAGAAAGAAGGCCCUUGUUGCACAAUCCCACCGGAGAAUUUCAUAAGUCAGCUCCCAAAGCACAACAGUCCAAGUCAACACUUAAGAUGAACAUCCCUUUAAACGACCCACACACGCCAGCAACGGACAACACCACGUCCAACUCUCACCAGCCGGAACACUCCACUUUGACGUCGCGCGAAACAAACUCCCGCGCUAACCGGGAGGACUGCGUUUGGAGGUUCCAGCGCCAGAGCCCGACGGGUUCCCCCGCCGUUUCUUCGCGCGUUUUCCGGGGCUCUCACCCUCCCACCGAGCUCAGCUCUCCCAUGAGGGACCCCAGGCUACUCCAAGCCGAGCUCCGUGCACCGGACACCCCGACGCUGCACCGCCGGAGGCCCCCGCGGUGCGCCAGGGACUCCUGGUCCCUGGGCCUGGACAAGAGAGGGCACCUGAGCAGCUUUGAGCGCGGGGACUGCACUGAGCUUGCCCGCAGACUCUUCAUCAACCAGGGCGUUGAGGAGGCGCCCGUCAGCUGGACCUCCAGGCAGCAGUGGUGGAACCACCCAGAGAGCAGCCCGAGUCCCAAGGCCGGGUUUGUGUCCGGCGGCGACCAAACUCCCGACCGCCAACCCGAGGCCUACCGCAGGCCGCUCGGUCCCACCGCCCAGCAGAAACGGGCGGAGCAGAGGAGGAGGGAGAUCCUGCUCCUGGGGCCGGUGGCGCUGGACUCUCCGGAGGAGGACGAGGGCUGCGAGGAGGAAGGCCAGGGGGACGAGACUGAGGGACACGAGGCGGAACGGCAAAGAGCCGACGAGCCGGCAGAGGCGGAGCAGAACGGAGCGAUGCGAGGGUCGUCCUCGCGGAGCUCCAGCGGGGUGACGGGCACCCUGGGGGACAGGGACUGUGUGUCGCCCGGGUCCAGUCAGUCCAGUCACCAGAGCAACGAGACCGGCGCCGCCACCUCAGGAAUACAGACGGACAGCGGCUGUGCAGGCCCGGUUCCCUCGCUCCACUGUCAGAGGAUCGCUCGGGCCAAAUGGGAGUUUUUGUUUGGGACCCAAGCUGAAGAGGCCACUACCAGGGGGGAGACAUGUGCCCUGGAGACCUCCACCGCUCCCCCCAGCGGUAACUCCAGCGAGUCUCCCACCCCUACUCCCCCGUCCUCCUUACCCCUGCUCUCCGCCAACCACGAGGUGCAGCACGUGGAGGUGGAGCUGGUGACCCCACCUCCCACCUUCGCUGGCGCUUCCCCCAAAACCGGCAUCAUCCGGCGCACGCUGAAGUACUCGGAGACCGACCUGGACGCCGUCCCGCUGCGCUGCUACCGGGAGACGGACAUCGACGAGGUGCUGCUGGCCGAGCUGGACGACGGGGACUCGGCCUUCGGGAGCAACCGCAGCGUGCAGGGUACCUCCGGGACGGGAAGCAGCCCGCUGGGGGGUCCGGCCUACGGGGGGGAGGACGGGGCGCAGGUGGAGGAGAGAAGAGUGGGCGAGGAGGAUGAGGAAGAGGAGGAGGAGGAGGAGGAGGAGGAGGAGGAAGAGGAGGAAAUGGUGAGCUGGGCCAGUGUGAGGAUGCAAGGAGACAACAGGAAGCAGCAGUUUGCAGCUCAGGAGGAGCCAGAGGUGUUUGGACACAUGCUGAAGAGAACGAUGGAAACGUUUUUCGACAACCACCACCCGGCCCUGAAAUCCCCGCUCCUGGUCUCCGGCCCCCGCUGCGCCGCUGAGGACACCUUCAGCCGCCACUUCGAGAGCAUCAUGGAGUCUCACCGCGCCAAAGGCACGUCCUACAACAGCCUGGACAGCGAGGAGCUGCUGACUUCCAGCGCCCAAACCGCCCUGACCUUUGACCUGCCCACGCUCACCCCGGCCAUCCACGGGCCGGUCUGCCACAGCGCCCGGCACAUCGUGCAGCUCAGCUUUGCCCCGCUCGCCCACGACGAGAGGCCCAGCAUCUCCGAUUCUAUCUUCACCGUGACGGGGGACUCGGACGCCACCCGGGCGCCGUCCAGCGAGAGGCUGAGCAGCGGCUCGGAGGACACGCCCCCCAAAGGGCGAGGGUGCUCGCAGCUGGGGAGCAGCUGGUACAGCAACCCGUCCUUCUCGUUACUGAGCCGGGACAAGGCCCGUCUGGCGACGGACUCAGAGCUGGACCAGGACCUCAGCGACCGGCUGGUUCUGGAAAGCAGCGACACCCUCACCAACGGCAGCCGCCGGGCCGACGUGGCGGCCGCCCGGCGGCUGGCCAAGCGACUCUUCACCCUGGACGGCUUCCGGAAGUCCGACGUGGCGCGACACCUCAGCAAGAAUAAUGACUUCAGCCGUAUGGUAGCAGAAGAGUAUCUGAGUUUCUUCAACUUCACAAGCCUCUCUAUUGACCAGGCUUUGAGGACGUUCCUCCGGCAGUUCGCCCUGAUGGGGGAGACUCAGGAGAGGGAGAGGGUGCUGUCACACUUCUCUAAGCGUUACUUGGACUGCAACCCAAAAGCCAUGCCGUCAGAGGAUGCAGUUCACACUCUCACCUGCGCUCUGAUGCUGCUGAAUUCCGAUCUUCACGGCCAGAACAUUGGAAAGAGGAUGUCGUCCUCGCAGUUCAUUGGAAACCUGGAAGGACUGAACGAUGGCAGAGACUUUCACAAGGAUCUGCUUAAAGCGCUUUACAACUCGAUCAAGAACCAGAAGCUGCAGUGGACUCUCGACGAGGAAGAGCUGCGAAAGUCGUUUUCAGAGCUCGGGGACAGUCUGUGUGAGACCAGCGCCUCCCGCCCGGUGAAAGGGGAGGGCGGCGGCGGCGGUGGCAGCGGCGGGAAGGCGCUGGCGGACGAGACGCAGCCGUCUGGAUCGCUGCUUUACAAGAACGGCUUCCUCGUACGCAAAGUCCACGCCGACCCGGACGGAAAGAGAACUCCGAGAGGGAAAAGAGGCUGGAAGACGUUCUACGUCAUCCUCAAAGGGCUCAUCCUGUAUCUGCAGAAAGGGGAGUACCGGCCCGACAAGCACCUCUCUGAGGAGGACCUGAAGAACGCUGUGUCCAUCCACCACUCUCUGGCCAUGAAGGCCUCCGACUACAGCAAGAGGCCCAACGUCUUCUACCUGCGCACCGCCGACUGGAGGGUCUACCUCUUCCAGGCGCCGAACGGGGAGCAGAUGCAGUCUUGGAUCACACGGAUCAACGCGGUUGCCGCCAUGUUCUCGGCUCCUCCUUUCCCAGCAGCCAUCGGGUCACAGAAGAAGUUCAGCCGCCCGUUGCUGCCGGGCGCCGUGUCCAAGCUGCCCGAGGAGGAGCAGAUCAGAUCCCACGAGGCCCGAUUCAGAGCCCUGUCCAGCGAGCUGUCUGAGCUGCGCUCCUACCCCCCCGACCGCAAGGUCAAAGGCCGCGACCUUGAAGAGUACCACCAGCGGGAAGAGUAUCUCGAGUUCGAGAAGACACGGUACGGGACCUACGUCAUGCUGCUGCGGGCCAAGAUCCGGAGCGGCGAGGAGGACCUGUCCGUGUUCGAGUCCCAGCUGCUGGAGGACAACAGGCUGCAGAGGGCCCAGUCCAGCCCCACCCUGCAGGACAGCAGCCAGGCCAGCCAGGCCAGCAGGGACGGGGGCCCCAGCAGCCACGCCAGCCACGCCAGCAGGGACGGGGGCCACAGCAAUCACGCCAGCCACGCCAGCAGGGACGGGGGCCCCAGCAGCCACGCCAGCCACGCCAGCAGGGACGGGGGCCCCAGCAGCCACGCCAGCGGCUGCAGCAGCAAGCACCGCCCGGACGGCCAGAGACACAGCUACCGGCAGGCCGUGAAGAAGUGAGCCGGGGCGGGGGGGGCGCCGGGAGCGGCACGGACUCCCUACGUGAGGCUUUUAUUUGAGAUCCAGGAGGGUUUGGAGCUCUGCUUGAAGGGGGAGCAGGAGUGAGCGGGGGGAGGGGUCUGCCCCCCCUCACCCCCUCCACAAACCACGAGGCCCUCCCCUCCGCGCGGACCAGAGGCGAAGCGGACCCGUGUGCCUGGUGCAGGAGGUCACCGAUGCGCCCGGGGGGGGGCGUCUUUGAGGAUCGGGCGCCAGGCCGAGCGGCGCCAAGACGGGAGGCGAAAACACCCGGCUGGCUUUUUUUCUGCAUCCUUCUCCCGCCUUUGAUCUUCUGACCUUUGAUCUUCUGACCUUUUCGGGGACCACCACCUACGUUCCGUUUGCUCUUCACCUCGACGCGUUCACAUUCCCGCUUCACCUGAAAGUGGCAUCGAGUUGAUGAACCGCGAUGAAGGCGCCGCUCGCUGAGGGGCCAAUCAGACGUCGUCUUCUUCUUCUUUUUGCUGUACUUCACCAGGAGCCCUGUGUCCAAGUUGCUUUGGCUUCUGUCCCUGUGAUGUGCUUCUGUUCUAGUUCUUGGCUGUAUGUUGAGCCGCAUGCUUCCUGCUCUGCUUCCUUUAGGCCUUUGACUACAUUUAAGGGCAAAACUGAGAGCUGCAACACUUAUCUGGGGUCAUUUAAAUCCUUUUUGUUAUGUCUCUCCCCAAAAUGUGUAAUCUCCCUCUGUACUUAUAGCCUUUCAUUUAUAAAACCUUAUUUUAACUCUCACCAGGCAGACCCUGAAUGUUCUUGUUUUUUCAAUAUUUUGAUGGUAUUUUACAGUCGUUUGUUGAUGUUGAACCUUUUCCUCCUGUCUGUGUCCAGUGUGUAUUAAAAUGUAAAAGGAAAAUAUGCUUCCCAUGUAAACAUCCAGGAUAUAUAUAUAUACACACAUAUAUAUGUGUGUAUAUAUAUCAAUAUAUAGUGCACCACUAGCUUAGUAUUGUAGGAUACAUGAAUAUAUUGACGAUAUAUUCAAACACGAUUGUGAAGCCGCUCAAAGCCCCACAAGCUCUACACAAUAAUCACGUGUUGUUGUUGUUGUUGUUGUUAUCUUUUUUUUUCUCUGACAUGGGGCUAAUUAUUCAGCACAAUAUGAGUAUUCUAGUUACUAUACACACAUAUGUACCUAUCAGAGAUGAGCGGGUGAUUAGGGGGGGAAGCGCAUGGUUGGCUGAGGACCCACAGCAUGCGUUCAGGGUUGUUGCAGGUGAUGCAUGACGAAAAGUUGGACAAUAUAUACAAAUUAAAAGGGAAGGACCUGGGCUGCCUGUUUUUUUGCUGUAAAACGCCUCAUAGAUUUCAAGAGGUUUUUCUUCUCAGGCUUUUAAGACGCUACAAGAGCGUCCAGACCAGCAGGGAGACCCAUAACACACCUGCUGCACCCGCAGUGGAGAUGCAUGACAUCACUCACCCGAUAGGAAGGAGGCUUCUAGGGUUUGCUUCCUGUGUUGUUUGCUUUUGGAACCCUAUUCUGAAUCACGUUCUGCCUGCAGGGGAACAACAAACUAUUACCCAGUUUUAACAUCAAUAUCUUUCCUGCAAAAACAUUCAAAGAGAUUUCCGAUCGCAAUUGUUUUGAAGAUUAAGAUUAGUUUUUUUUUCAUCUUCAUGUCCUCCCAUCGUCUUUGUCUUGUCAUCUCAGAAGUGUUGCUUUUGUGUGGAUAUCAUUUAUAUAACUUUGACAUCACAUCUCUGUAUUUAUUCAUUCAUUUUUCUGACAUCAUGACGUUUAUGUUCUCUACCAUUUAUUUUGUUAUUCUUUGAGCGGAAAAUACCUCUUUGUGCCGAUUCAAAAUGAUUUGAUUUCAUAAGUGGAGCAUUUCUAUGUGUAAAAUCAAUAUAUUCAGUCUUUAUCACUACAAAGAGUUUAUCCACUUCAAUCUGAAAUCUUCACCAUUUAAUUGAAGACCACAUGCUGUCUGCUCUCCACUUUGAGACGGAUGGAUGUAGUAAGAAAGGAAAGCCUCCACCUUCACAAACUCCUUUCAUAAAAACAAUGAAGAGACGUGUCUUUUUUCCAGGAGACGCCUCCUUUCUGAAUGUGACGUGUAAAUAAAGCAUGAGAUUUCAUGGCCUGUUUUUCCUUUAGCUCAUGGUCAGAGUAUUAAAUGAAGGGUUAAUAUUUAAGGUGUGUCAACGUGUUUUUUCUUUUCUUUUUCCUGUCCUUGAGCUCAUCGUUUUUUUGUUUUUUUAAAAUAAUUUUCUCAAUGUCAAUGAAGGAAAUGGCUAUAUUUAACGCUGUCGUCUGCUGUUGGUGUUUUAGAGACUGGAGCCAGCUCGUUACGACCCUUUUUACGCGUGGAGGUUCGAUCUGAUCCGUGUUUUGUAGACCGGUCGUUGAAAUGCUGCACACACACGCUGAGCUUCGUGUGUCACUGCUUUGUUAAAAACUCACCAAGGGAAAUGUCGUCUGUGAGCUUCUCGUUUUGGGAGGCGUAGAAUGUGAUAAUAAAAAGUGUUUUGAAAGGUUA